AUGGAUUCGCUCAAGUCGGAGAACAACUCAUCUACAAAUGGGUCAGACGGUGACGAAUCAAGCGCUGCUUCCCCUGUGGAAUCGGUACACAGUCGUGGGAGUUAUGUGCGUUCCCGUCCACUCCGUCGACUUAGUUUCUCGCCGCCAGGCUCGACCUCGUACGGAGCAGCUAUACAAUACCACAAUCAGGAUGAAUACCCACCACAGUUGGAAAAGCGUUCACGCAAUGUUCGCAUACAUGUUGAGGAAGACUACACUGACUCGCAAGUUUCGGAUGAUUCCCGUGAUGUCCCUUUGGGCAACCGGUACGGACUAAGGUCAAUAUCCCAACGCCGCUCGAGGUCUCCGGAGUAUACACUUCGUGGCGGGCGUGCUCCACCUCGGCCUUACUCAAGUGAUGCGCCAUACUAUUUCGUGAACUCUCGAUCUUCCUCACCUUCCGAUUCUUCAUUAUCUUCCCUUUCUCAUUCACCCCCGUCUCCAAGAUUCAGACCAUCAGAGGUUGUGACCGUAGUCAGGCCCCAUCAAACCUCAGCCAAAGCACCAAGCUACCAUAGUACUGGUAAUAUCCAUGCCGAUCCUGCAGAUGCCUCUGAAGAUGAGCAUAUUCGAGUUCAUCAUGUUAUCAACAUUCGGCCUUCUUAUUCGAUCUAUGGUCGUGACAAUGAACAAAAUCCGAAACUUCGAAGCAGAGUGUUUACUCACCAGCCCUCAUUCAAACAUGAGGAAAAUCUUCCUCCAGAGACAUACCACAUUAUUCAUACUCGGCUCGUCCCUAGAGAGGAUGAGCAUACACAUGACAUUGCAGUCCUGACAUAUGACGAGGGAGCCACCCGAACAGAGACAGAGAUCUCUUGGAUGUAA